AAUCCAGCCGCGAGGAGUUUUGCUUGUUUACGUACCGCUGGCAGGUUCAGUUUCUUCCUUCCUCGUCCUCGAGAAUGAGAUCGACGCUGGCUCGCGUCGGCGCUGGCGUUCGAUUGCUUCCUGAGAUUCGCGCCCGCGAAUGUGCCGAUCGUGUGCUCCUAGCAAUUUUUUGACAAAAGACAUCGUCAACUCGUAGUCGUUGAAGUCGCUAGAAGUAAAACAGGUGGAGCAAGAUCGUGGAGCAAGUGGAGGGGAAAAUUUACUUCUAUCUGCGUUCGUUGUUAGCAGCGGCUGAGUUUAGGAGAAAAAUUGUGCGCAGCGGUCGAAACACACUCGAAAUCUCCGAGUGAAAGGAACGUUUGGAAAGAAAGGGUACACCAGAGAGGAAGAAACUUUGAUUGGAACCGUCGUACUUUCUAAAACAAAAUGCCCCGAGCGAUGCCUGCGGGCUUAGCCACGUUUUAACACGUACCCUUACCUCACGAACCAAUGAAACAAACGACGACUCGCACGCGAGUAUCCACUCCAACAACACGCUCGUUUCUCAACAGUCUGAGGAAAGGCCAGCCAUCAUGGAUCUUGGAAUAUUACGGCAGAUAUUUAUCGGGACCAUUUGCAACCUUCUGAUCAUCGACAGCGGAUUGAACGAGGGAUGGAGCACACUUAUUAUACCGAAAUUCGAGCAGGACGAUCCUUUGAGAGUGUCCAGCGACGAAAUGGUAUGGAUAGUGAAUUUCUUGUACGUCGGUGUCGGCCUCGGCUCGGUGGUGCCGUUUCUUUUGAUGGACAGGAUCGGUCGCAAAAGAACUCUGCUGUUCGCCACGACACCAAAGAUUGUCAGCUGGAUUUUGAUCGGCUUGGCAAAUACCGUUCCGCAGCUUUACGUUGGCAGGAUAUUGGCCGGCGUUGGAUGUGGAAUUACGUACGCUGUAAUGCCUAUGUACUUGGGCGAGGUUACCAGCAAAACCACUCGCGGCCCGUUAGGUACGCUGAUGGCGGUGCUUCUGAACGCGGGCAUGAUGUUAGCGUACGCGAUCGGCUUCUGGGCGUCACGUUUCACCAUGUCGAUGAUCUGCGUGACGUUACCCUCGUUGUUCCUCGUGACGUUCGUCUGGCUGCCGGAGAGCUCUGUGUUCCUCACGAAGAAAAACAAGCUGACGUCCGCCGAGAGGACGUUGAAGUGGGCGUUAGGGAAGGACGACGUGGUGGAGGAAUUGGAGGAGAUCAAACGGAUCGUGGCUACGGAGGACUGCAACGCCGACCAACCGCUGAGAAGAUCGUUGAAGGAGAUGUUCGCCAGGCGUGCGAAUCGCCGUGCAUUUCGCAUCGGGGCGAUCGUCAUGAGCGCGUUGACUCUAACAGGCGCGAUACCGUUGCUCGCUUAUCAGUCGUUCAUAUUCGAGGAGGCCGAUUUCGCGAUCUCGACCAACAUUAGCAUCCUGAUCACGGGGCUGGCGAUCGUGAUCUCUGGUAGCGUGUGCGUGAUACUGGUGAGGAUCACCGGCAAGAGAUUGCUGCUGUUGAUCUCGGCGCCGGUCUGUGUGCUGUCGCUGGCGACGAUGGCGAUCUUCUUCGAGCUUCAGUCGAGCGGCCACGACGUCUCCAAACUACGAUGGAUACCGAGCGUGUUCCUGGUGAUUUAUAUCCUCGGAUACGGGCUCGCGCUCAACCCGAUCCCGUUGGCCUACAUGGGCGAGAUCUUUCACGUCGACGUGAAGGUGACCGCCGCGAUACUCUCCUCGCUCUAUUACGCCGUCUCCACCAUUGCCAUGGUAAAAUUCUAUCAGGUGCUUCAAGAGUCGUACGGAACGCACACGCCGAUAUGGGUAUUCACUGUGAUUACUUUCUUCAUAUGGUUGUUAAUUUAUCGAUACGUGCCGGAGACUGAAGGGAAGACCUUGGAGGAAAUACAAAUGGAAUUGUGAAGGAGAAGCUUCCAAUUUCUGUUGACUCGAUUCGGCAUUGUGAAUUGUUUAAUAAAAAAAAUGUACGAUUUCUAUA